CCCUAUCCCUUCCUGCUGCGACUCUGACGAAAAGAAACUCGCCUCUCAAGCAAUUACCGCACUCAGCACAUCCAACGAUGAAGUUCACUGCUCUUGUCGCCGCAUUCCUGGCCCCAGCCGUUGCCAUGGCUGCUUUGACCAACAGGGCCACUCUAGCCAACAGGGCCGCUCUAGCCAACGAGGCCAUCCCUGCAGUCGCCAAUGACGUCCCUGUCAAGUCUGAGAGCCUCGUUCAUAUCAUGGCCUCCAAGCAGGGUCAGCUCACCGUCAAGCUGAACUAUGCGACCAAGUUGACUAACAAGGACUGGCUCGGAAAGUCAGAUCCCUACGUCGAGUUGUGGCUCGAGAAGGACCAUAAGCAACGCUCCAAGGACGGCAAGGGCUUGAACCCGGUCUUCAACCAAGCUUUCACCUUCUAUGUCCGCUCUGGCCAAAGCAAGCUGUACGUCCGUGUUGUUGACAAGGACACGUUUAGCGACGACAAGAUCGGAGAAGCCACGAUCUCUUUAGACGAAGUCUUCAACACCGGCAACGUCGGUGCGCGCGACUACAAGCUCCCCAAGUGGUUCGGACUCCGAAACAACGGAUACGUCAACCUGGAACUCCAGUUCGUCGAGGAUCGCUCGUAGAGC